GCGCGCGCGCGCGCGCCCCCGCGGAACUCCCGCCGGUGGCUGGAUUUUCCCGGAGGCGCGCCCGAUCGCGGCUGCCGCCAACAUGGCCGAGACGAGCGAGGAGGUGGCGGUGCUGGUGCAGAGGGUGGUGAAGGACAUCACCAACGCCUUCCGCAGGAACCCACACAUAGACGAAAUUGGCCUGAUCCCAUGCCCUGAAGCAAGAUAUAACCGGAGUCCCAUAGUCCUGGUUGAGAACAAACUUGGUGUGGAGAGCUGGUGUGUCAAGUUCUUAUUACCAUACGUCCACAACAAGCUCCUUUUGUACAGAACAAGAAAGCAAUGGCUAAACAAAGACGAAUUGAUAGAUGUCACCUGCACGCUGCUACUUCUCAACCCAGACUUCACCACCGCAUGGAAUGUGAGGAAAGAGCUCAUCCUCUCUGGCACUUUAAGUCCAAUUAAGGACCUACAUCUGGGAAAAUUGGCCUUAACUAAGUUUCCUAAGAGUCCAGAGACAUGGAUUCACAGGCGCUGGGUGCUGCAGCAGCUAUGUCAGGAAACUUCCCUGCCUUCCUCUGUGGCCAAAGGAAGCUUAGGAGCAGUUCCUGCAGAGAGGACACAGCGGAUAAUACAGGAAGAGAUGGAAGUCUGUGGUGAGGCGGCAGGGAGGUAUCCCAGCAACUAUAAUGCCUGGUCCCAUCGCAUCUGGGUCUUACAGAACGUGGCCAAGCUGGAUCUCAAGAUCCUUCUUGACGAGCUGUCUUCUACUAAACACUGGGCGUCCGUGCAUGUGUCGGACCACAGUGGGUUUCACUAUCGCCAGUUUCUGCUGAAGUCUUUGAUUAGCCAGACUGCGGUGGACAGUUCUGUACUGCAGCAAAACUCUCUGAAAAGUGACCCGAAAGAUGAAGAAGCAGUCGCCCCAGCAGAGGAUCCGCGGGUGAAUCUUCCCCAGCUCCUAGAAGAAGAAGUGGAAUUCUGCACAGACCUUAUCGAUUCCUAUCCAGGGCACGAAACCCUUUGGUGUCAUAGGCGGCAUGUUUUCUACCUUCAGCGUCACUUACAUGGCAGGUUUCCUCCAAGCUUGACUCACCUGUCCCCUGCAGACUACUCUGGGGGAACUUUGAAUAAUGACUUGCACCUGAUCCCAGCAAGCCCUCAACCAUCUCAGGCAAUGGAAGUGGACGGACUGAGUGACUCUAGCAAGCAAGGCUAUUCCCAGGAAACCAAGCGCCUGAAGCGGACCCCAGCCCCAGACUCUCUAGGCCUAGAGAUGGAGCACAGGUUUAUUGAUCAAGUAUUGUCCAGUUGUCGGAAUGCAGAACAAGCCAGGUAUGCCAAUGCAUACAGGAAGUGGCUGGUGACUUUGAGUCAGUGAAAAGGGUAGAUUCAUCCUAAGAAAUUCCCUUUAGUGCAAUAUUGCUUUUUUUCUCAACGCCAUAGUUGCAUGAACUGACUAGCUAACUAUGUAUUCUACAUCUAUAGCUUAAAAGUCUAUAAGAAACCCUUGGUUUUAUUUAUUUUAUUAAGAGCCGGCAUUCCUUUGGGUAUAAAAUAAUUGUAUAGUUCCUUCCUGCUAAACAAUGUCUUAAUUCUCUCUCUUAUUUUUUUUUUUUUCCUCUUUGAUUCCAUGCCCUUUAUAUUUCGAUAUUUGGGCUUCUCAUUUGAUUCUUGGGAUUGGUUCACAUAACUUUUCUCACCUCAGCUCAGUUGCUACAUAGGCACUUUCUUUAAGCAUUGAAAAUUUAUGUUGCAGUUCAGCUUAAGAAUACUAAUACAUGUGCAGAAGGACUUGAUCUAAUUGCAAUUUUGAGAAUAAAAUGGCUAGAUGGAUGGAUGUGAAAAGGUAAGCCACUUCUUUCUCAAGUGUGUUCUCCAGGUAUCCAUGAAGAGAACCAAAGCCAGGAGUGUUGGAAUUUAUAUAGAAGAAAAAAUAAUGCUUCCAAUGUAAUAUAUUUUUAAAUGAUUAUUUAAAACAAACUAAACUAAUUUAAGAGUUUAUGUAAUUGUAGUACUGAAAAAUUAUUUUUAUUACUAGUUUUGAUAGAUUGUUUUUACCUCAUAUUUGGUAUAUGCCAAAACAGCAAGUCAGCCCUUAUAAAAUAAAUUCUUUAAAAAAAAAAAAAAAAACACAAAUGCCAUUUUUAGUUAUUACUACUUUUUUCCUUCUAAGUCAUUCAUGAAAAAUGGGAGAAAUCUGCAUAGGAAUUAAGUCUAUAAAGCUUUCUUUUUAAAAAAUGUAAAUUACUGAGGUUAUACUGGAUAAACUGCGAAGUUUUUGUCAAGUGGCUAGUCGGGGUUUACUGGCAAAAUCUAGGGAGGAAGACCAGUUUUAAGCAUUAGUUCAAUUUUUACUUUUAAAAUGAAACAAAACACUUUGAUACUAAAUUCAUCAGGGAUAAGAACCAAAGUCCACACUAUAGCUAUGUCUCAACAGCAAGGGCUGUGUUUUUCAGGUUGUGAG